ACGGACUAGAGGUGCUCUUGUUUUGAUAAUUUGUCAAUCUGGGCGUGAAAUGUAGUGAGUUGUUUAUCCAGAUGACUAGAAUCAGUUAUAUGUUAAAAUAUUCCCCGCAGUGUCUUUUAUCCAACAGUCCUAUGUCAAGAAAACAGCUUAAGGUCUUAUCUGAACAACAAAGACUAAUGGAUUGUCCUUUUGACUUUUAUUAUUUUUUUGUAUUACAGCAUGGAUCAAUAGUAAGCUGUAGAUAUUGCCGAUCUGUUUUGAUCACAGGUGUCAUCAGCAUAGGGCUUUUAAUAAUAUAGUGGGCGGAAAUCUGUUAUGUUGUUUUGUCACACCUGCACUCUUAAAAAUAAAGUUUCUUUUAUUGACCUGUGGUUCCAUGAAGAACCUUUUAGAACAUUUUAGAACAUCUUUUUUUUUUUUUUAAAAUAAUUAUAUGAGUGUUAUACGAAACUUAACAUGAUCUGUGCACCUGUUUCCGUGAUCAAGGGACAUUCCAAACAGAUGUGAGAUACGGGUUCCGGGGAAAAAACAGACAGUAUUAUUAGCGCCAGUGCCAGUGUGCUUUGACAACGGUGAAAAAUGUGUAAAUAUAAAAUUAAAACAGAUGGAGCGCAUUACCUUGCGGGACUUUUUUUGCAACACAUGAGAGCAGGUGACAUGAAUUAGUCUGUUAUGCUCUUAGGUUAGAUUUGUGGUCUGCUGGUGACCCCAAACUGAUGUUUGUGCACAAGUGCUAACCGCUUUACACCAGCCGAUCAGGAAUCCAGGUCAAGGUGCCAUGUCCCACAGAAAUUCCUAUGGCUCCGCGGGUGACCAGUUUCUCCUUGUUCCGGAGAGCCGUUUCAACUCAGCCCUUCAGCUGGACCAGCCGUCCGGACGCUCGUCCUCGAGCAUCGACCUGUCCAGGGUGGGUUCACCAGAGGAUGAGCGGAGAAAUGUAGUGCUCAGCACCCAGAGCGAAGCAGCUCGUAAGCUGGGCACCCAACAGCUCAUCCCCAAGAACCUGGCUGUGAGCAGCCGCCCAAAAAACCGGCACCACACCACCGUGGUGACCCUGCCCGUCAGCCUACAGGUCCCAGAUAUCUCCUGGGAGGACUAUGACAGCGAUUCGGGCGAUGGGUUUUCGUUGAGGAGAAAUCGCAGGAAUAAAUCAUAUCGUGCUGCCGUCACUAGUCUGAAUAUUGAUGCUUUGCCAAGUGAACUCCAAGCAGAAAUGCUGACACCAGUCAGUGAAGAGAAAACAGCCAACCAAAAGCAACCACAGAAAUCAGGACGCAAGAGAACAUUGGGGAGGAUCAGGAACAGGAAGCAUGCUGGCUCAUUUAAAGAUGAGCCGCGGUUUUACCAGGAGAUCAAGGAGCGAGGCCUGAACGCCAGCAGCCUGAGCACAGAGGAGGAUGAGUUCUCGCCGACCGAGCCACCAGAGGAGGAUCAGGGCAUUGUGGUGAAGAGCUACAGGGCAGCGUACAUGACGUGGAGUCAACUACAACAGGUGAAAGAUUUGGGCAUUUUGGAGAAAAUCUCCCCUGAAGAACGCAAAAGACAAGAAGCCAUCUUUGAAAUCAUCACGUCAGAAUAUUCCUACCAGCACAGUUUAAGCAUCCUGGUGUCUCAUUUUAAGGACAGUGUGGAUUUAAAAAAGACCAUGACAACAACAGAACACCAUCACUUGUUCUCCAACAUAUCUGUCAUCCAGGACGUCAGCAAACGGUUUUUUGAGGAUCUGGAUGCACGUCACCAAAAACACCCUGUGAUCCAAGACAUCAGUGAUAUAGUGCAGAAAUAUGCAGCUCAACAUUUCGAGCCAUACAUUGUGUACUGCUCCAAUGAGACCUUCCAGCAGAGAACACUCCAGAAACUACAGUCAAGUAAUAAUGCAUUUCGAGAAACUCUGAAGCGGAUUGAAGGCAGUGAAGCGUGUGGAGGUUUGCCCAUGAUCUCCUUCCUCAUCUUGCCCAUGCAGAGAAUUACUCGUCUGCCACUUCUUCUGGAUACCAUCUGUCAGAAGACCCCUAAAGAGAAAGCUGAAUACUUUGCUGCCUGUUGGGCUUUUAAAGCUAUCAGUAAGCUUGUGAAGUGCUGUAAUGAUGGAGCGCGGAGGAUGGAGCGGACGGAGCAGAUGUACACCAUCCAAAAACAGAUGGAAUUCGGCAAAAUCAAGCCUUUCCCAUUAGUGUCGUCGUCUCGCUGGCUGAAGAAGAGCGGUGAGCUGGCUGUAUACACUGAUGAUCUCAGCAUUUUCCGGAAGGCUAUCAGCACGAAGAGCUACUUUCUGUUCCUCUUCAAUGACGUGCUCAUCGUCACCAAGAAAAAAAGUGAGGAGACUUAUGUCGUGCUUGACUACGCCAUUGUGGACAAGGUGGAUAUGGAAAAGGAAAUGACAGACUCCAAACUUAAUCUGAAGCUGCUGAUGAAUGGGAGCAGCGACAGCCGCAAUGAACAGAUGAUACUCGUGGCCGAAAGCAAGCUGGACAGAGCACGAUGGGUCACCGCACUCCGAGAUGUCAAACAAAGCAAGCGCAUCACUGAUGAUGACUUGCCUCAAUAUGAAGCCACAAAAGCAUAUAUGCCAAAAGCACCAGAUGAGCUAAGCCUGCAGCAGGCAGAAGUGGUCAUCGUUUUACAAGAAGUGGAAGGUUGGUGUCACGGUGAGCGGAUGAGAGACGGUGAGAGGGGCUGGUUUCCUGCCAACUGUGCCACUCAGAUCACGAACCGCACCGCCAUGGAGAACAACAUACAGCGUAUGGAGCGACUCCGCAAGGAGACGGACGUCUGAGCAGACUCUCAAACUCCACUGGACAUCUAACACUGAAGGACACUCAGUUUACAGAAAUACUAAUGGUUUUAAACAAGUGCUAGUAAUGUGAAUUAGAACACCUUCUACAGACCUCAUGAACUGUUCACAGCAAAACACCACUCAGACUAGAGGAACUGUUUCUGGUUUUAUUUUCAGCUUGCCUUUGUUAAAAUUCAUGUUUGGAUACAUAAAAAGUUAUUUAAAAAUGUCAAACUGACCAGAUAUCAAAUUACUUUUAAAAACCAUUUGGUGUAAAAACUUAAGACCGAUUUAGAAAAACAUCUGCUGUUUCCCCAAAAUUUUUAGCUGUCACAUAAAAAUAAUGGAAAAAGAAAA